UGGCAUAUCUUCACAGAUCUACAUCGACUUCGACUCCAUACAGAAUCUACUAUCUCUCUGGCAGAGUCCAUGCUCAAACAUCUUGCACACAUGCUGAGGCAAUUCAAAAAGACCACCUGCACAGCAUUCGCCGCAGUGGAGUUGGUUAAAGAAGCUCAAGCCCAUGCAUGUCAUCAGGCUGAUGCACUCUCUGCAGCCACUUUGUCACAUAGCAGUCAAUGUCUGGCAUCAACAUCAGCACUUACCAUGCAGAGCCAUGAUGCUUCUGUCAAGAGGACUAAGGAGUCCAAUCUCAAUAUGUACAAAUUGCAUUCACUUCCUGACUAUGUCAAAACAAUUCGCACAAUUGGAACAACUGAUUCCUAUACCACAUGCAUCAUAAGAGUUUGA